GUCAUGCAGCUCCCCGCAAGAACGUGGCUUCACCAGGGACAGUUACCUGCUCUUUAAAGGAGGUGAAUUAUACUUUAAUGUACUACAGGUUGUACACUACGGAUGGGAACUAUUAAAGUUUAUAAUGUCAAAAGCUUUUCUUAGACGAAAGGUAUCUUCCACAAAGGUAACAGAUUGGGUAGACCCAUCAUUUGAUGAUUUUUCAGAGAAUACAAGCAUCUCCACUAUUACUACCACAUCAUUAAGUGUAAAUAACUCAAGUCAUAGAGGAAAAAACGUGUCUUCCACAUUAGAAAGUAGUAGAUUUCCAACGAGAAAAAGAGCGACCCUGUCUUCUUCAGAACAGAUAUAUGGUCUAGAAAAUUCAAAAGAAUAUCUAUCUGAAAAUGAACCAUGGGUGGAUAAAUACAAACCAGAAACUCAGCAUGAACUUGCUGUGCACAAAAAGAAAAUUGAAGAAGUUGAAACAUGGUUAAAAGCUGAAGUCUUAGAAAGGCAAUCAAAACAGGGUGGAUCUAUUUUAUUAAUAACAGGACCUCCUGGAUGUGGAAAAACAACAACUGUAAAAAUACUGUCAAAGGAACAUAGCAUUCAAGUACAAGAGUGGAUUAAUCCAGUUUUACCAGACUUCCAAAAAGAUGAUUUCAAGGAGAUACUUAAUCAUGAAUCAAGCUUCCAUAUGUUUCCCUACCAGUCUCAGAUAACAGUUUUUAAAGAGUUUCUACUAAGAGCAACAAAAUAUAACAAGCUACAAAUGCUUGGAGAUGAUCUGAGAACUGAUAAGAAGAUAAUUCUGGUUGAAGAUUUACCUAACCAGUUUUAUCGAGAUUCUCAUACUUUACAUGAAGUUCUAAGGAAAUAUGUACAGAUUGGUCGAUGUCCUCUAGUGUUUAUAAUCUCUGACAGUCCCAGUGGAGAUAAUAGUCAAAGGUUACUGUUUCCCAAAGAAAUUCAAGAAGAGUGUGCUAUAUCAAACAUUAGUUUCAACCCUGUGGCACCAACAAUUAUGAUGAAAUUUCUUAAUCGAAUAGUGACAAUAGAAGCCAAUAAGAAUGGAGGAAAUAUUACUUUCCCUGAUAAAAGUUCUCUAGAGUUGCUCUGUCAAGGAUGUUCUGGUGAUAUCAGAAGUGCAAUAAACAGCCUCCAGUUUUCUUCUUCACAAGGAAGGAACAACUUGUGCCCAAGGAAAAAAGGAAUGUCUUCAUUAAAAUCAGAUGCUGCGCUGUCAAAAUCAAGACGAAGGAAAAAAACAGACAAGGUUUUUGAGAAUCAAGAAGUCCAAGCUAUUGGUGGAAAAGAUGUUUCUCUCUUUCUCUUCAGAGCUUUGGGGAAAAUACUGUAUUGCAAAAGAGCAUCUGUAAUAGAGUUAGACUCACCUCGAUUGCCCUCCCAUUUAUCAGAGUACGAGCGGGAUACACUGCUUGUUCAUCCUGAGGAAGUAGUAGAAAUGUCACACAUGCCAGGAGAGCUAUUUAAUUUAUAUCUUCACCAGAACUACGUUGAUUUCUUCAUGGAAGUAGAUGAUCUUGCAAGAGCCAGUGAAUUUCUGAGUUUUGCAGAUAUCAUCAGUGGUGACUGGAAUACACGGUCUUUACUCAGGGACUACAGUACAUCAGUAGCUACAAGAGGUGUGAUACAUUCCAACAAAGCCCGAGGAUUUGCUCGUUGCCAAGCAGGAGGAUCAGGUUUUCGACCGCUGCACAAGCCCCAGUGGUUUUUAAUAAAUAAAAAGUAUCGGGAAAAUUGCCUGGCAGCAAAAGCACUUUUUUCUGACUUCUGCUUACCAGCUUUAUGCCUGCAAACUCAGCUGUUGCCGUACCUUGCUUUGCUAACCAUUCCAAUGAGAAACCAAGCUCAAAUUUCUUUUAUCCAAGAUAUUGGAAGACUUCCUCUGAAGCGACACUUUGGAAGGUUAAACAUGGAAGCCCUGACUGACAGGGAGCUUGGACUGAUAGACCCAGAAAGCGGCGAUGGAGCCCCGCUGAAUGCAGCACAGCCCACAGAGGAAGCUCUGGGCGAACCCACUCUCAGCGCGGAACCUGCGGGCUGGCCGCUCCCCCUGAGUCAGAGCAGCGGGAGUGACCUGCCCGCCAGCCAGCCGCAGCCCUUGGCCCCGGGCGACGCGGACGACGAGGACCUGACCAUAGAAGACUAUGAGAGCGACGGGGCGUAGGGCGGCGGGCGCUGCUGCCGGCCGCCUCGCGCAGCCUCAUUCAGUGGUGCUUGAACAGAGACAGUACACUUUUAAGUGAAUUGCAGUGUAAGUCUCCACUUUUGUAGUAUUUCAGCACAAGAAACUGACUCUUGAAGUAAAUAGAAAAGCCUUCAAAGAUAUCCUAAUUUUCCUCUAGUAUUUAUUUAGUCUUGUGAGUGGUGUUGAGAGAAGAGGCCAGUGUGUGAAGUGUGUUUGAACAUCAUGCCAAAUACCACAAAAUGUGAAGGAAUAACUCAAUUCAACAAGUUUAUGGGGUUGUAAAUAUGAAUUAUAAAAGUUUAGUAUGCAGUUGUGAGUGUAAAUAAACUUUGUGCCUUAAUCAUAGUUUCUCUAUGGUCUCUAACUUCUCGGAUACCUUUUUAUAUGUUGUACAGUGGAAUGUUUUGGAUACUUUUUGGAAAGUAUUACAUAAUUUAUACCAAAAUUAAAAUAUUGAAUUUC